AUGGUAUUCAAUUAUUCAACGUACGAAUUCUACCUAAGUGAUGAUGAACCACAGAAGAUGACAAGAGCAUCAAUAGUUACCUGGCUUAAUCAUUUGGCCGACGCUAUCGAGAAAAAUACAGCAGCCGCCCAAGGAGGUCGUUCCUGGCCCAUAAGAAUUAAACGAAUGAUUUAUGAACUAUACACAAACGUUGCACAGAUGUUCGCCACCCAACCAUUGUUGUCGUCAUGCCUUUUUGGUGUGCCGAUAGCUUUUCUCAGCAUAAUCUGUUACAGCAUCUGCUCUGCGGACUUCACAGUAGACCGAGAUGAAUUCUAUCCAGAGGAUGAAGAUGAGGAUUACGACGAAGCAGUGGAAGAAGACGAACGAGCUCACCUAGUUGACCCCAACCACCCAAAGAACGAAUAA